GGGUUUCAAGUCUGUUAUCCCGAGAGGGUCAGCCCGGGCUGCACUGACGGGGGGUAGCGUGGAAACAUGGCUAAUAAAUCUUUCAUACGUCCCGUGAAAUUUGGUGAUAGUAUUUUGCGAAGUAUUUUACACUUCUACGAAUAAAACGACAAAUUAACAGGGUAUUAAAAAAUUUGUCAGGUUUACUAAAGAUCUUGCUUUACUCCUUGCCCCCCGAAAAAUAUCCGCCAAGCGUUAAAAAGGGUUCUGAUUAACGGCAAAAACCGGCCGCAAAAGAUCCGAUAAUAGGCUUUGCAAAAUACAGAAUACAGAUGAAUUUACAUUUUAAAAUAGAGUCGGGCGAAACAAAGAAACAAGAUUUUAAUUGUUUUGCGUGACCAAUAAACCAUGUGUCUUCGCAAAACGUGUGUUCCGCUUUUUAUUUACAUUCUUUUUGCGUCUCCGACAGCACACAUGUCACAGCAACGAAAUUUGCAUUAGUUUUGCCGCCUGAAAAGUACCAAUUCGCUUUUUAAAUGUGUGAAUUCAUACUCUGUGUUUACAAGUUUACGGCACGAGCAGUGCGAAGCACACGGUGUUGUGGAAGCCCUUUGACGGUCAAAACAAUAAGUUGUCUUUGAGAGCUCGAGUGAUUGGCCGAGUGCAGCCCUAAGGUGUGAAAAUUUCCUGGCUCUGGACGACACACUAGGCACGUCCAGACUAUAUUUUGGCGCUUCUACGACAUUUUGCCAAAGAUUUCACACGUUCCUGAACUCUUCCCUCUUGAUAAAGCUCAAAUACGAUUUACGCGGCAAGAAGAUCUUUACGUGACUCAUGGUAGGAAGUUUACGUGGGCAAACUCUUGUACAACAUGAUAAGAUAACUCGAAAAAACGCACUUCGUUGGCCAUUAACACCUCAGCUCUUGCCUUGUUCAGUAGUCAGUGCAAUUUUGACAAAGUUUUGAAACUGCCUAGAACGUCUGUGUGCCGAUUUGAAAGGAGCUUGGCAGAAAUCCUAAUCGUGUACCGAACAUAUUGUAAGGAAAACUGAGCAAGCUAAAAAGAAGGACCUGUUGUAGCUAAAAGGAUCUUUUAUACUGAAGCCACAAGAUGAACAAAAUUUGGCGCCCUUGGGUAGAGAGUCCCCAGGACUGCCAGAGAAAACGCCGACCACGAUACACGCCCUAUGGACAGCCGAAUACAACAGGAAAUAUACAGCAACAACCACAAUUUAAACAUCCAGUCAGGUUACUUUGGACGAAAGCUGCGUAUGAUUACAUGUAUGCCUCGGGUGAAACCCUAUUGCGGAACUUUCCUGUUCAGGCGACAAUUCAAGUCGUAGAUGAGUACGAUAGUGAUACGAGCGAGGAUGACGACGAUGAAGAGAAUGAUGAUGAAUGUGGCGAACAAGAAAGUACAAAGAAAUGUAAACAAUAGUAUUUAUUAUCAAAAACGAAACACCGUAAAUGUAAAUACCUCGGGAACGAACAUUCAUAUAUAAUAUACACACCGAAGUGAAAGAAAGUUUAAAAACGCGCUUUUACGAUUUAUAUGAUAUACGUUUUGAACAGAGUUCGAAAAUCGGCCAUUUAAUUUUCGGGUUACUUUGUGCCUCGGUUUCAAAACGAGUCCUAGUGCAAAACCUUUCACACGAAAAUGAGUUCAAUUUGCAUGAAAAUGAACCUGUCGGGGGGCACGUUCUCAAAGAAUGGUUUCCCAUGACUCAUUUUGACACAGAGGCAAAAUGCAACUUGGAAAUGGCCCAUUACAUUCUUCAAUCUUGGACAAUGAGAAGUCAGUUAUGCAGUUUAUUGAUUCAGCAUGAUUUUAAUACAUGUAGUAUUUCUAUUAAUAAGUUAAAAGAUGUUAAUUCAGUUUCUUUUUACUUUGUCUGGAUACACGGUUAAUUUUUGUUAAAAAAUAAAAUAUAUCUUGUCCAUAACAUUUAUCAUAAACUGCUAUUGAUGCUACUAUGCUGAUGGCUUUUCUUGAUACAGCUGUCUGUGUCAGGUACAAUAGGUUACUUUUGCCAUUUUCCAUUCUGUUUUCGAAUCUUUUUUAUGAAUUUUGUG